AUGUCGAAAAUCAACAUUCUUGAGUAUGCUGCCCUCAAUCUCUCCGGAGACAAUUACCUUCAACGGGCACUUGACACCAAGAUCAUCUUGAAAUCCAAAGACCUUGGUGCUUGUAUCACUGAUGGCAAUGAGUCAUCUGAGAAGGAUAGAUACAGUGCGAUCUUAAUCAUACGCCAUCACCUUGCUGAAAGUCUCAAAGACCAAUACCUCACUAGGACGGUGCUCUUACCAAAGGUCCUAUAUGAUUGGAGGAACCUAAGGAUCCAAGACUUUAAGUCUGUGGAUGAGUAUAACUCGGCUCUAUUCAAGAUAGUCUCAAAGUUGAAACUGUGUGGAGAGACCAUCACUGAUGCUGACAUGUGA